GAAGUGUCCGCGCGUGCGCACUUGCUGGAGGGAGGCUCCGAUAGCUCGCCCCGGGUUCGCUUUUCCCAGGGAGGUGCGGCUGAAGCACCAGCGGAGCGAGACAUGGCGGAGAGCGUGUGCAUCGCAGGCGGACCUAGUAAAGAUCCAUAAAAAUCCAGUGCUGGUCACAGUGACUUCAAAACAGAUUUUUAAAGAAGAGAAUGCAUAAAUGAAGAGAUACUGUGCUUGAAACGUAUAAUUUUUGAGAGCUCCAGAGAAGAUGGCUUAUGUUAACCUAAAGGAAAUUGCACUAAUAGUUGGAGUGGUGGCAGCUUGCUAUUGGAACAGCCUGUUUUGUGGCUUUGUUUUUGACGACGUUUCAGCCAUUUUGGACAACAAAGAUUUGCAUCCUUCUACUCCUUUAAAAAAUCUCUUCCUGAAUGACUUCUGGGGGACUCCUAUGUCUGAGGAGCGAAGUCACAAGUCAUACAGGCCGUUCACUGUGCUCACAUUCCGUUUGAACUACCUGUUCAGCGAGUUAAAUGCUGUCUCUUACCACUUCCUGAACGUCAUCUUCCAUGCAGUUGUUUGUAUCGUCUUCCUCAAGGUCUGUAAGCUUUUCUUGGACAACAGGAGCAGUUUGGUUGCUUCCUUACUGUUUGCAGUGCAUCCAAUACAUACCGAAGCGGUAACUGGUGUAGUGGGCAGAGCAGAGCUUCUCUCCUCCAUCUUCUUCCUAGCUGCUUUUUUGUCAUAUACCAGGUCCAGAGGUCCAGAAAACACGAUUGUGUGGACUCCUAUUGCAGUGACUGUGUUUCUGGUGGCUGUGGCAACAUUAUGUAAGGAACAAGGAAUAACAGUGGUGGGAAUCUGUUGUGUCUAUGAAGUAUUUAUAGCUCAAGGGUAUACCUGGCCUAUUCUUUGGGAUACGGUGUUACAGAUUCUCCGAGGCAAAGGCAGCAUUCCUUACUGUAUGCUCCAAAUGCUGUUGAAGCUGAUAGUUCUGAUGUUCAGUACUCUGCUUCUUGUUGUGAUCAGAGUCCAGGUCAUUCAGUCGCAGCUGCCAGUGUUUACAAGGUUUGAUAACCCAGCUGCUGUCAGUCCAUCUCCUGCAAGGCAGCUGACUUUCAACUACCUCCUUCCCGUGAAUGCCUGGCUGCUGCUUAAUCCCUCGGAAUUGUGUUGCGAUUGGACGAUGGGCACCAUACCGUUGGUAGAAUCUCUUCUAGACAUCAGAAAUGUUGCCACCAUCGCCUUCUUCUGCUUUUUGGGAACAUUGCUCGUCUUCAGCCUCCGCUAUGCUGGAGAUUCUUCCAAGACUGUGUUGAUGGCACUUUGUUUAAUAGUGUUGCCAUUCAUCCCAGCCUCCAACCUUUUUUUUCCUGUUGGCUUCGUAGUAGCAGAGCGAGUGUUGUAUGUUCCCAGCAUGGGAUUCUGCAUGCUAGUAGCCCAUGGGUGGAAAAAGCUCUCGAGCAACAGUGUCCUAAGAAAGCUAUCCUGGGUUUGCCUCUCUCUGGUGCUGUUUAUCCAUGCCUUAAAAACCUUGCACAGGAACUGGGACUGGGAAUCGGAAUAUACACUGUUCAUGUCUGCCUUGAAGGUAAAUAAGAACAAUGCUAAACUCUGGAAUAAUGUGGGCCACGCUUUGGAAAAUGAAAAGAAUUUUGAAAGGGCGUUGAGAUUCUUCAUACAAGCCACCCAAGUGCAACCUGAUGAUAUUGGUGCCCACAUGAAUGUAGGAAGGACUUAUAAAAACUUAAACAGAACCAAAGAAGCUGAAGAAUCUUACUUGAUUGCAAAAUCAUUGAUGCCACAAAUUAUUCCAGGUAAAAAAUACGCUGCCCGAGUCGCUCCUAACCACCUGAAUGUUUACAUCAAUCUUGCAAACCUGAUUCGAGCGAACGAGUCUCGCCUUGAAGAAGCAGACCAGUUGUAUCGCCAAGCCAUUAGCAUGAGGCCGGACUUCAAGCAGGCGUACAUAAGCAGGGGCGAACUGCUACUGAAAAUGAACAAACCUCUGCAAGCCAAGGAAGCAUACCUUCGAGCCCUCGAACUGGAUAGGAGCAAUGCAGACCUGUGGUAUAACUUGGCAAUUGUUUACAUUGAACUGAAAGAUCCGACGGAAGCUCUGAAGAACUUCAACAGGGCAUUGGAACUGAAUCCUAGUCAUAAACUAGCACUAUUUAAUUCUGCACUGCUAAUGCAAGAAUCCGGUGAUGCUAGACUUAGGCCGGAAGCUAAGAAAAGACUUCUGAAUUAUGUGAAAGAAGAGCCUCACGAUGCCAAUGGCUAUUUCAACUUGGGCAUGCUUGCAAUGGAUGACAAAAAGGAUGUAGAGGCAGAAACCUGGAUGAAAAAAGCCAUAAAGUUGCAGCCGGGCUUCCGAAGCGCUCUGUUCAAUUUGGCCCUGCUUUAUUCCCAGACUGCAAAGGAGUUGAAAGCUUUGCCGGUUCUGGAAGAGCUGCUGAGCUACUACCCUGAUCAUACCAAAGGUUUGAUCCUGAAGGGAGACAUUUUGAUGAACCAAAAGAAAGAUAUACGGGGAGCUAAGGAGUGUUUUGAGAAGAUUCUGAAAAUGGACCCUAACAACGUACAAGGGAAACACAACCUUUGUGUGGUUUAUUUUGAGGAGCGGGACUUGAUCAAAGCGGAGAAGUGUCUGGUGGAGACUCUGGCCUUAGCGCCGCAUGAGGAAUACAUCCAGCGUCACUUGAGCAUAGUCCGAAGUAAAAUUGCUUUGCUCGGUACGGGAGAAGCAGCUACCAUUCCCGUGGAAAAGACGGCAGCCUCGGAGGGAGGGAAAGCUCCACCUGAAGACUUGAAAGGGGCAAAAAAUGAGAACUUGAAAGCGGCCAAAAAUGAACAGAGGAGUUCUCGGACCACAAACAGUGACAGCAACAAAGGGCAGGCGAAGCCCAAGAAACAAGGGGAGAAGAACACCACAGACAAAGAGACAAAAAAGAAGUCUACAAAAGAAAUCAAAGACAUUGAGAAGAAAAGGGUUGCCGCUCUGAAGAGACUAGAAGAGAUUGAGCGUAUAUUAAAUGGUGAAUAAUUUCUUGGGAAUCCCUCCGGUGCCGGAGGUUCUUUGCACCUACUUCCGAGGUUCUGUGCGCGUGAGCGUCUUAUGUUCAGUCGGUAUGACUACUAGGCAGCUUUUGAAUUUGGAAAGAAUACUGAAACCAUAUCACCUUUUAAAAAAGAAAAGCAGGAGAAGGCUGCUCCUACUACACAAAGAAAGAAUGCGUCAUAAAAAUAAUGGAUUUUAAGCUAAUGUUUUUGGUUUAGGGUUUUGAACAUAGCUGACAGCAUGAGGAUUUUCCAGGUACAGCACCUGCAGUUCUAAUGCUGCUGUUGAGAACCGGCAGGCCGACUCACAGGAAGCAAGCCCUGCUGAACUCCAGUGGUGCUUGCUUCAGAGUAAACCUGCUUAGGUCCAGGCAAUCAGGAAUCGUCAGUUCUUCGUGUCCUCUAAAGAACUGUCAAGUGCUAGAAGGCAAUUUUUUAACAGGGGUACCUCAGGUAUGAUGGCUUCCAGGCUGACUGUAAGGGAAAUUCACUGGUGCGAAUGAUUUAGGAACGCAGCUUUCGUUUGGAUAACUUUCUUUGCUUGGGUUUAUUCAUCAAGUCAUUGGUGAUUUUUAUAGGUAUUAAGUUAUGCACCAUACAGUCCAUUUCUACAUACACCCUGGAAUUACAGGCAUUCCAGAAUGUGUUGAAGGUUAACUAGGAAAUACCACUCAUAUUAUGUAUGUGCAUGCAUGCAUUUUGUAGUUUUUUUCAGUCUUGCACAGAUCAUAUUAAAGGUGCAGUGGUCCCCAAAGCCGGGGGGGGGACAUCCCUGCAAAAACCCCACAGAGGAUUGUAUUCAACAGUGUCACUCAGUUGACGAUAAGGGUUUCAUCAGUGGAGCAGAGAGAGAAGCAAUUUUUAACUGUUUCCCUUCCCCCUAAAGCCCUACCCUUGUGUCACCCACUGGGGUUUGCACUGGGAGGGGAGAUUGCUGAAACUUGCUUGCCUUCCCAGUCUGCCUUACUCCUAGCUGAGUGGCUCCACUGAAUAUUAUUCAAGCUUAUUGAAAUUCCCUGCGUCUUAUGCUAUUUAUUGCAAUCCUAUGGUGCUCUUACAUUUUAGAAACAAAUGUGAUUGUUUCUGAACAGCCCCCUGGCAUGCUGUAGGGAAUCACUUUGUGCGAAUCCAGUGUGGAAAUUUUUGUAGGUUUUCUUCCCCCCCCCCUUUGCUUUUCAAUUAAGCAAUAUUUGCGGGGCAUCCUGUGCUUUUAAGUUUCUCACAAAUUGACUCCCUAAAUUUUAUGGAUGGCAAAACAUCACUACUUAUUAUUAUUAUUAUUAUUAUUAUUAUUAUUUUGCAGUCACUGUAAAUGUGCUUUAACUUUUUGACAUAAACCAGUGCUUGUCUGUCUGCUGUUCAGGGCUGUUCUGCGGUGAUUAAGGUUGCAACCCUGCGCUCACUUCCUUGAGAAUAAGCCCCACUGGACUUAAUUGGGAAGAUCCGUAGCUCAGUGGCAGAGCACAUCAUUUGCAUGCAACAGGUCUCAACCAGCCCCUAACAGCUGUAGGGCAGGCUGGAGAAAACCACUUCCCAGGACACUGGAGGACCACCUGAUCAGCCUUCCCCAACCUAAUGCCCUACAGGUGAUUUUAUACUACAGCUCCCAUAAUCCCUGGCCAUUGGUCAUGCUGACAGAGGCAGAUGGGAGCUGUAGUUGAAAACAUUUGGAAGUACCAGACUAGGGAAGGCUGUGCAGUAAAAGGACUUCCCGGUAGGAGAGAGCAUUCAACGUGUGUGGAUCAUCAUGUGUCCAUAAAGCAAACUGUGAUGAUCACACAAUGUAUAUUCCGUUUGGAAAUGAUGUGUAAUCUCCAGAUUCUUCAUUGUUUCCAACCUUGAAAGGCUGACUUCUGGUUUAAUUGCUAGCACACUAAAUGUUUCACUUUUCAUGACAAAAGUCCUAGGGCUUUUAAUUAAAUAUUUAUUCAGUCUGCUAAGUUUUCAAAUGGUUUCCACUAACAACAUUGUUUUUCUAAAAUGAGUUAACCCAAUUCCUUAUGUGAAACAUGGAUUUGAUAACUUCUGCAUUUUAUAUUGGCUAUGCAUUCCCACCCCCCCAAUCUAAAUAUAUUGUUGGAUUGCCUAAAAAUACAUAUAUACUGAUUUUUGUUUUGUUUUAGUGUGAGCUCUUCAGUAUGUUCAACACUGGGAAGUCAAGAGUAAUUGACACAAGCAAUCAAUUUUCAUCUUGUAUUUAAAUUUAUCACAUGAAAUACCUUGGAAUUAAUUUAGUGCUUAGUUUAAGCUCUUGAACACUCAGGAUGGUUUUUGUUUGUUAGUUUUUUGGGAAAAGGGCAGCCACAAGACCAGACCCAGACAGCUUGUGCACACCCAAAGAAGGAUUUCAACUUUUACCAUAUCACAAACGGCAUCUCAAGUUCCUGCAAGUGCAACAAAAAAUCCUAUGCUUUGGAAGGAAUAAGAACAAAGGGCAAAUGCAACCAGUCAUUCACAUCUAAAGUAUGACCACAAAACACAACAAUAAUACAUGUAUUUCUUAAUCCCUGGUUAAGAAUACCAGGAUUCCAUGUGUCAGUGACUUUUCAUUCAAAGUAAGCAAGAGGUGGUUUAGGCAUCUGGAAGCUGGGCUUUCAUUUAUUCAAAAUAUAGUUCAACUGAUACAUACUUUCAGAAAGCUGUGGUUGAAGCUGUGUAUAUACCAUAUACACUGCUUCAACCACAGCUAUAGAAUAAACACCAACAACUGGGAAACACUGGCCUGCGAGCGCUCCAAUUGGAGAACAGUCUUUACCAAAGAUGUCAUGGGCUUUGAAGACACUCAAACUGAGGAUGCAAGGGAGAAAUGUACUAAGAGGAAGGCAUGCUUGGCAUACACUCACUGUGAUCAACUCCCGCCCAGAAACCAAUGUCCCCACUGUGGAAGGAAGUGUAGAUCCAGAAUUGGCCCCCACAGUCACUUACGGACUCACUGUUAAAACCGUGUUUAUGGAAGACAACCUUACUCAGCUAUGAGGGAUCACCAAAGAAGAAGAAAAUACCACACCAACAGUUCAUUCUUGGAAGCAAAGUUUAGUGAAGUGAGGCCUUGUAUGGUCAAGUGACCACUCCACCUGGCUUUAGUAUUUGGAGUAUCUCUGCUUAGAAAACAUUGUCUACACAGCCAGAGAAGGUAAAAAAGACCAUCUCAAAAGGAUCUGGGCAAUGCCUAUGGAUGUGGGGAGCCCGUGGUCCUCCAUCAUCUUUGGCCGCACUGGCUGGGAGUUGGAACGCAGCAACAUCCCUAGCCUAGGCAAAUCUCAUAUGACUUAUCACAUGAUAGGCCUUUGAUGCACAGAGCUACAAUUCUCUGAGUUUCUGGGGAAGAGGUAUUGCUGCUAAACCACUCUGAGAACUGUAGCUCUGUGAGGGGAACAGGUGUCUCCUCACAGUUUUCAGCAUCCUUAACAAAUGACUGUGCCAAGAUUCUUUGGGGGAAACCAUGUCUGUUUAAAGUAAUAUGAUACCACUUUAAAUGUGUCAAGCAGAUGGACCGCCAGUCAGGUUUCAACCCAAUAAUUGUAUGCAAUGCCCAUGUUUUUCGGCAUUGCAAAUAUAUUGGGGGGGGGAGUGCCUUAUUCAUCUUCAACAACCUUCAGCACCUCUGGGAUGAGGUAGGCAAUGAGUCUUCCAAACUCACUCUGUGUGUGUGUGUGUGUGUGUGUUUAAAGAAAGUUUCAACUUCAGUCUUGAUAGUCUUCAGUUUGGCUUUAAAAAAUAUCAAACUCUGAUCUGAAUCACUGUACCUUCAAAGGUCCCUUUUUCAAUGGAUGGCUUAACCCCAAAGCUUCCUUUCCUUUAUGAACACAUUUUCGUUCUCUUGCUUUUUACUCACCUGCCCAAUGUAGCAAAUUUCAAGAGGAACUGUGCAAUCAAAACUCUACAACUUUUAUGAAUGAUCAGACCAAGGAUCAGUGAAAACCUCUGUUAUUAAUAUCUUAACUAUAGCUGUAUUCAGACCCACAUUCUGAAGGUUUAGCUGCAGAUGAAGAAAGGGCAUGCGUACAAGCAAGUUCCACCCCCCAGAAUCCCAGGGCUGCUCUUACAAUCUUUGCAUGAUUGGCACAAAAGUAUAGACUGGGUUUUAAACUGUGUUUAAUCGAACACGCUUAAAAACCUGCCCACAAGCAGAAAAUCUGACUUAUCAGAGUUUUGAAUCAUGGGAAUUUCUAAACUGAGCACCCUUAAAAAUCAUGUCCAGACCUUGGUAGUAAUUGUACAAAGGUCUGAAGAGCAGCCUAGGCAUCAGGAUGCUAGGGGCAUGGCUUUUAUUUGCUCCUCUGCACCACCCCCAGAUUAACCUUUUAUGUGCUCCGGCAAAUAUUUGAACAUCGCUUAUGUCAUCUUGGUUUUUACAGUGGUCAACAGCAUGCCAUCCAUUAUUGGUUUGAUUAGAAUGCUAGCUUCAAGGGACACACAUGAGUCUUUCCCACCUACUCGAUUCAUCCUCACAACAAUCCAGUGAAUUAUGUUAAGUUAAAAGACUCUGACUGGCUGAAGGCCACCCUGCAGGCUCCAUGCCUGCAUGAGAAUUUGACCCCGGUUCCCAGUCCAACAUUAACCAAAAUAUCGCACCACAUAAAAUUCAAAUAAAUCGUUUGAAUUACACUGGUGAAAUCUUAUUACAAUACUGUACCUGAGUGCAGCAACAAUCUGUCUUGCAACAGCUUGCUUCCACUCUAUAACCUUCGUGGCACAUGCUAGAGCAGGCAUCCCCAAACUGCGGCCCUCCAGAUGUUUUGGCCUACAACUCCCAUGAUCCCUAGCUAACGGGACCAGUGGUCAGGGAUUAUGGGAAUUGUAGUCCAAAACAUCUGGAGGGCCGAAGUUUGGGGAUGCCUGUCUAGAGGGUGGAUUGCAAGACCUGCCAUUUUCCUCUUAUAGGCUUAUGUGUUUUCUUACUGCAUCCUCAAGAGGUCUAUUUUUGAAUGUUCAACAAGGCUUUCCUUGGAACAAAAGGCUAUAUUAGAACAGGAAAAAGAUCAUGGCAAAGCAUCAACAAAGCUCUUCAAACGACGCAAAUUCAUUUCAAUUUAUCAGUACACUGCUUUGUAGUUAUAGUUGUCACUGUGUCAGGGAAAAUCUAAUUCCAGCUAGCUCAUGGAAUCUUUUCACUUUCGGUGGCCUUCCAUUGUAUGCUUUUAUAAACCUAUGUUUUUUAAAAAAUGUAUCACACUGACUGCCUUGAUAUACCUGGAAGGUAGUCCAGCUGAACUCAGACAGGCUUAUUUCUGACUAGAUAUGCAUAUGAUUGCUUGGUAAGGCUAAACUUCCCUGCAUUAGCUGAAAUUUAGUUCCACGUGUGUUCUGGGAGGAUAGAUGGACAGUGAGCUAGAGAACAUACUAAAGGCAUAUGCAGGAUUAUGCCUCUGCAGGUAGCUGUGAACCCAGGCAUAUGCACUGUGUUGUUGGAUGAAAGGGAACUGUGAACAUUGAACCAUAAUAACAGACACAGUGCAGCUUGCAUCUACGCAGAAUGUCGCUUUUGUGCCCAUCAACUUAUGAAGAGCUGGUGUAUUUUAAGCUGUGAUGACCAGGGUACCUAUAUUUGUAGUUCAUUCAUGUGCACAAUAGGGGAGAUUUUGGGGAGGAAAGGAUCACAAUUCUAGGAAGUAGCAUACUGUACGUGUGACUUUUGGUUUCUAAAUAUUUUAAGAGCAUUCUCACCUUUGUUUUGUUUUGUUUUGUUUUAAUUAUUGGUAACUGCAGUGUAGUUUUGAUGCCAUAGCUUUUCUUAACAAUAGCCUUUGUCAAGGCAGCAAUGAAAUGCUUAAAUAUAAAAUCUACAGUGAGUGAAAGCGCAGUUCUUAUCAGUAUUAUUUGUUGCUAGAAAUGAAUGCAUUUUCCCCUCAAAAUAGAUGUGGGAGAGCAAUGAAGCUGAAAUAAAUACACACACACACACACACAAUUGAAGUUGGUUUUUCUGUGCAGUGUAGCAGCUUCUGGUGUGUGGGUGUAUCCCUGUGUAUCAGCUCAGAAACCAGCACCCAUUUUGUGCCAAUUCUAAAGCAUUUAAUGACUUCUCUACAAUUGUUUAAAAGCGUGUACCCCCUCAUUAGCAGUCAGCAGAGGUCUGAAUAUAGUAAGUGCAGAACUGCAGGGUUGUGAGUGACUGGAGGAAGCAGGAACUUAUUCUCUAAAAGGUACAAAAUUAAUGGAGAUAGGGGGAAACUAUGUAUAGUUAAGGCAGUGGUGUGCCUCACUAAAUUACUGCACGUCAAAGAACUGAUAGAUAAAAAUGAUUAAGCAUUGUUUGUUUCAUGACCUCACCAACAAUGCAACAUCGAUGCAAUGCAAAUAGUAUAAUUAUUCCUGGAAAGAAAGUGAA